CACAACAUGUAUUAAAAUUACUUUUGAUGUGCACCACAAUGGUAUUUAAAAAAUAGACAUUUACAAAAACGUGGAGUAACUUGAGUAAGCGAUACUAGCACGACUAUUACUAACACUGUACAUGUUUUUAGACAUGCAAAUGCAUUUACAGCAAAAACGGUUACACUUUCUUUUCAUAACACUGUGGAGAAAAAAAGACAAUUCCGUUUCAGAGACAAAAAAAUGUUUUUUUUUUGCGCCACGGCCGUCGUAUUCCAAUUUCGUCGUAAAUCCAAAACUUCUUGCGCCCUGCUUCUUUCACGGUUGCGUUUUUAAUUUGUGUAGGAAUUUUGAAAGUCACCUUUUAAAAUUAAGCUAUACUUUGGGAUAAGGUAUAUGGUACAAAUUAUGCAUACAUAUUACGUUGAAAAGCGUCAAAACAUUUAAUUAAAUACAUUCAUAGGCAAUGCAAUAUUUUCCUGUUGUCUAGCAUGGAACUACGAGCGAUGUAAAAACAAGCGUAAGUGAACGCAUCCAUGGUUAGCACGACAAGCUAGCAAUGGAGAAAUCUGAAGGGAAAGCAUGGAGGACUCCACGUGCCUGCAGCGACUACUGGAGUGAAUAUAGACACUGCAAGAGCUUGUGGAAUCGUUUCCAUCACUACUACACCUAUGGUACCUCUCCAUCCUGCUAUCAGUGGAAAGAGGACUAUUACAACUGUAAAGCGUGUGAGAAGAGCACAGGUGCUGAGGCCAAGGAAGCGCUGCAGAGAAGCGAAAGGAACAGAGUAGCAGAACAGAGAAAGUUCCCCCCGGUGUGGGAGCUGAGGCGAGACCCACCCAGCGACUGGCAUCUGCCACUCAACCAUGAAAAACCUCAGGACUCUUGAACAGUCAUACACAAAUGACGCGUGAAAUUCUGGGCUUCUAAAAGCACAACAUUGCUGCAUGUCCGAGCAAAAAAAUUACCUGAGGGGAGCAGACGUCCUCAGUGUCAUCACUGAAGUCAACCAGGGAACGUGAACGCCACCAUUUUCUACCGAUACACCACUAACAAGGCACAAACAUCAGGAAACACAAGGUAAGGCCAAACAAGCUGCAGAAGCAAUGGUCCAAGGAAUAACCUUUAGCCGCCAGGGCCUUGGCUUCCGUCAGAAAUCGCUUUCUAAACUCACCCCAUCGGAGCGGUCGGUCGAGAUAAAAUGCGACCUACAUAGCGAGUUAAAGCCGCAGCCAUGAUUUUCAGUUCACUCAAAGAACGGACUCACAAGAAAGGAAGAGAACUAUAAUUUCACAUGUACUCAACACAUCAUUACACUGGGCAAAGGCGCGGCGCUGGUUGAUGACGUACUAACUGACAGCAAGCGAACUUUCAUUUUGCUGGAGCAUAUUCGCGAAUUUUCAAAAGGAGCAUAAAUAAUAACCACUUGAAUUUUGUUCCACUUUUAUUUAGUAAUAUUGUUGUGGUGAUAUUUAGUGGACACCGCUGUGGAUUGGGAAUCGCGAAAAUCCGCGUUGAAAUAACAACCAUUAUAAAUCCCGUGAUUUUUUUU